AUGUCGGAUAGUAAAAAUAUCGAGAAGUAUGAUGAUGUACUAACGUCUAUUUUAGUCAACGAAAAGUCUAUACUAGGAUUUUUAUCUACUAUCUUCAAUUUUCUGGCUCGAAGGACUGACUUCUAUUAUGUACCCGAAAAUAAAUAUGAAAAUAUGGGUUUCCCACCUGGCGUUGCUGAAGAACUUGUUUUGAAAGUGUUAAGAUCCUGUGAUCCAAAAAAUUAUAAAACAACCAGUGGUAAAAAUAGACCUGCAACAGCAGAGAUAAACAACGAAAUAAUGUGUAACACAGUAGCUCACGAAGUAGAGGUAGUGUCAGAAGAUGAUAUCAGUGAUACAAAAGAUACAGAGGGACAUGGCUUAUGUAAGGAUUCCCAUGUGCAAGACAGUGUCAAACAACCAAAUGAUUCGAAUAAUUUUCCUGAAGAUUAUGAGCCACCAGUGAUACCAGUACAAAAGAACAGUGAAUCUUACAAUGGGGCUGUUAGGGAAAACUACUCAUGGUCACAGACAAUUAUGGAAUUAGAUGUAACUGUUAAACUUCAACCAAACACAAAAUCAAAGGAUUUAAAAGUUUUUAUAAAUAAUGGUGACAUCAAUGUACAAUAUCGAAAUGGUGAUGUGAUUUUAAAGGAUUCACUACCAUACAAAAUCAAGGCUAGUGACAGUGUCUGGAGUAUCAGCGAAGGAAAACUUUUAAUCCACCUUGAUAAAGUACAGGAGCGCUGGUGGGAUAGAUUACUUAGUAAUGAGGAACCUAUUGAUUUAUCUAAGAUUGAUGCAUCAAGACCUCUUGAUGAACUCCCAGAAGAUCAUAUUGCAAAGGUUCGAGAAUUGCAAUGGAACCAAGAACAAAAACUAAAAGGGCUACCAACAAGUGAUGAAAUUCGUAACAUGGACAUAUUGAAGAGAGCCUGGAAUGCUGAUGGAUCACCUUUUAAAGGCAAAGAAUUUGAUCCAAGUGUAUUGCAAUUUCAAUAA